AUGUUCUACGAGCCGGUCCACGACGUCCAGAAGCCUACCCACCCACGGCUUCAUCUCCGUGACAUGCGGGAUGCCCAUAUAAUCUUCGAAGCAGUCCGUCGGGGAUUAAUGAAGCCGGUGAACCGCCGACUCAACGAGGUGGAGAGAACCAGAUAUAUCACCUCGGGUUCCGUCUUCGUCUGGGAGGAAAGCGAGGAAGAGACUGGGCUCAAAAGGUGGACCGAUGGACGGAUCUGGAGUCAGUCCCGCAUGCGCGAGCCAUAUUUGUUUUACGAUGAGAAGCUCUCCGGCGAUGAUACUGCGAAUGCAAGUGGUCAGACGUCACAGUCGACGUACCGCUUCGUCGAAGGACCUUCACGUACCUGGUCUUCGUCAGCGCAGUCCCACUUCGACCGAAGUGACCAUCAUCCCACGGGCCUGGUCAAGCAGGCCUAUUCAGCGUGGGUGCUACCUGCGCCUAACGCAAGACCGCGCAAAUGGCAUCUCACCGCUUAUUUCACCUACGCUGACCUUCCCAACAUUCCAACCGUCGACCGUGAUCCGACGCUGUGCUCUUUGAGCGUGCCACUGGGCGUCUACCGUAGUGGGAAGACUCGGACAAGGAACCCUGAUACAGCGCUCGGCGUCAGUCCACCGCCGCCGUCACAAGCAUCAGCUGGCCCUUCAGGCAGCGCGAUACGCAGUGGCUCGGGUGACCGCAUGCUCGCGCCGCCUCAGUCGGACCGUAAUCCUCGACCAGCAGCACCUCGUGCAGCAGAAGACGAGAGGAUGAUACAGAUGUUAAAUUCACGACCCAUCUAG